AUGAACGGGUUUAUAAAGUUGGUGAAUUUCAAACUGUGUUUUCUUAGUUUGAUAGCAUUCAGCUACGCCCAAGCUUCUGUGGUCCACAUCGAGGCAAAUCCUGAUGCUAAAAGAUUGUACGAUGAUUUACUGAGCAACUAUAACCGACUAAUUCGUCCGGUUGUUAAUAAUACUGAAACGCUUAUCGUGUGGCUAGAGCUCAAAUUAUCGCAAUUGAUAGAAGUUAGUCUACGCAAUCAAGUCAUGACCACCAAUCUUUGGGUGAAACAGAAAUGGGUCGAUUAUAAGCUAAAAUGGGACCCAGAAGAGUAUGGUGGAGUAGAAAUGUUAUAUGUGCCAUCCGAGCAGAUUUGGUUACCGGACAUAGUGCUGUACAACAAUUGGGAUGGUAAUUACGAGGUAACCUUGAUGACUAAAGCAACGUUGAAAUAUACCGGUGAAGUGUUCUGGGAACCUCCCGCUAUUUAUAAGUCCUCUUGCGAAAUGAAUGUAGAGUAUUUUCCAUAUGAUGAACAAACAUGUUUGAUGAAGUUCGGUUCCUGGACAUACAACGGAGCACAAGUAGAACUGAGGCACUUGGAUCAGCUUCCGGGUGACAAUUUAGUGGAUAUUGGAAUCGAUUUAAGCGAAUUCUAUCUUUCUGUUGAAUGGGAUAUUCUUGAAAUACCAGCUAGUCGUAAUGAGGAAUUUUACCCGUGUUGUGUGGAACCUUUCUCUGACAUAACGUUUAAGCUAGCCAUGAGGCGAAAAACAUUAUUUUAUACGGUUAAUUUAAUAAUUCCGUGUGUUGGAAUAACUUUUCUAACUGUAUUGGUUUUUUAUUUGCCGAGUGAUUCUGGUGAAAAGGUGACACUUUGUAUAUCUAUACUUGUGUCUCUCACUGUGUUUUUCUUGUUGUUGGCGGAAAUUAUACCUCCAACGUCUUUGGCAGUGCCCCUACUUGGAAAAUAUCUCCUGUUCACGAUGAUCCUAGUAUCGUUGUCCGUUUGGACAACCGUUUGCGUUCUUAAUGUUUGGUACAGGAGUACGUCUACGCAUAAAAUGUCCCCAAUUGUUAAGCGAUUGUUUCUGCAGUUUAUGCCCAAAAUCCUAAUGAUGCGACGAGCCAAAUAUACGCUUCCGGAUUACGAUGAUUCCACUCCCAGCAAUGGCUACACAAACGAAAUUGACAUGAGCCUUAGUGAAUUCCCUGGUGAAUUUAAAGAAGGCGGCGACAGCUUUGAUAAUAUCGGUAUAAAUCUUCCACAUGGUUCAGUUGAACAGGAUAACAUUAUACCGAAGCAAUUAUCACCGGAGCUGUUAUCUGCAAUACAGGCUGUAAGAUUUAUUGCUCAACAUAUUAAGGAUGCUGAUAAGGAUAACGAGAUCGUUGAAGACUGGAAGUUUGUAUCGAUGGUAUUGGAUAGGUUUUUCCUGUGGGUAUUUACAACUUCCUGCAUCUUCGGAACGUUUGGCAUCAUCUUCCAGAGUCCAUCGUUGUAUGACACUCGCGCCCCCGUUGAUCAAUUGUUGAGUGAAAUUCCGUUGCGAAAGAAUAACUUUAUGCUACCUCCCGACAUCGUACGAAUCACCUUAGACUAA